GCUGCUCGGCUGUGGGGAGGACGGAGAAGGGCGGGGCGAUGCGGUUGUACUUUCUUUGAUGUGUUUAAUCAACAAUGCACACCCCGUGUCACAAAUGCGGAACAUAUUGGAUUAUGUCUGUACAGUCCGGAGUUUAUCUUCGUUUGAUUUUUAAAUAUACAUAUUAUCAGCAUAUACAUAAAUAUACAUAUUAUCAGCAUAUGUUUGAACGUAUAAAAAACAGCGUGUAAGGUGUUUUUUUACGAUGGAAAUCGCCUGAAGAGCCUGCACAAAAACUGGUUAUUUGUCUUCAUUGUAAUUUUAAAGGACGGUUCUAAUUUUAAAUAACUACAUCAUCUGCAUUUUGUUUUAAUUAUUUAUGUAUCUGUUGCAGUUAAAUUUCGACAGGUUUUAAACACAAACCCGUGCAGUCGUUGACAAUACUUCCCAUUAACAGCUGAAGAGCAGAGGCAUUGCACUUAACCCGGAGUCCUUCCUGCCCGGGAUAUACUGCCGUGGCUGCAAAACAAGCACUGAGCACUUUGCGGGGAGCAGAGAAGAGCAGAACAAAACCGUACCGAACCACGAAAUACAGACCAGCAUGCGUGCCGUUUGAAUUGAAGACGCAAGUCCAGCAACCAGAACCGAUUGCACUGUGCGUGUGAUCCGUAGACUACCCCAGCGCGUAUAAAUGGAGAUGUCGAGAGGAUUUGCUUGUCAUUUUUCUUUGUUGCUAUGUGUCGUGUCUAUUUACUACACGCUAGCUUUGAAUCCCGAACCGAGGAUCACCAUCACAUAUGAAGAUCUGGACCCCAGGCUGGUGCAGCGAUUCUCUCAGAGCGGAAUCUCCAACUACAGUGUUCUCCUGCUGCACCCCAGCUCAGGGGCACUCUAUGUUGGAGCCAAGGAUGCCAUCUUCUCCCUGCAGACCAAGACACUGACUGAGGAGCCCAGAGUGAUCUACUGGAACGUGUCCAACAGCAACCAUGAGUCCUGCAAAAACAAGGGGAAGAGAGAGAUGGAGUGUCACAAUUACAUCCGCCUGCUGCAGUUCCUCAAUGAGACUCACAUCUACGCUUGUGGGACGUACGCCUUCGAUCCCCAGUGUGCGUACAUCAGCCUGCUGGAUUUCACUCUGGAGCGGCUGGAGAACGGGGAGCUGAGGGUGGAGAGCGGGAGGGGGAAGUGUCCCUUCGAGCCCAGCCACCACUACACCGCUGUCAUGGCAGAUGGAGUUCUCUAUGCCGCCACAGUCAACAACUUCCUGGGCACGGAAUCCCUCAUCUCCCGGGCAACAGGGAAGGAGGGGGAGCGUAUCCGCACACAGACCUCCGUGUCGUGGCUGAGUGAACCUGAGUUUGUGAGUUCUGCCUUCGUGCCCGAGAGCCAGGACAGCAGCGAGGGGGACGAUGAUAAAAUCUACUUCUUCUUCACGGAGAUAGCCAGGGAGUUCGAGUUCUACACCAAGGUCAAGGUGCCCAGAGUGGCGCGUGUUUGCAAGGGGGACAUUGGGGGUCUGAAGACCCUGCAGAAGCGCUGGACCACCUUCCUGAAGGCCCAGCUGGUGUGUGAAAACCCGCUGACUGGCGCCCGCUACAACAUCCUGAGGGACGUGUUCACUCUGCAGAGAGAGCCGGGGAGCAGGAGCAGCACACGCUUCUACGGGCUCUUCACCUCGCAGUGGGAGCGUGACGAGGUGUCAGCGGUGUGUGCUUACGACCUGCAGGAGGUGAGCCAGGCACUCGCAGGCUCCUACAAAGAGGUGAAGAGGGACUGCAAUAAACCAGCGUACCCAGAACCAGAUCUCUACCCCCGGCCAGGAGCGUGCCUCACAUCUUCUCUCAAAGUGGAGGGAUUCCCCAACUCGCUGAGCCUGCCGGACAAGGUACUGACCUUUGUCAGAGACCACCCUCUGAUGGAGCAGCCUGUGAAAGCACGCCCCCUGCUGGAGAAGAAGGGAACUAAGUACACCAAGAUCGCUGUGAGCCUGGCCCCUCUACGCCUCGCCUCCUCUGAGCUCGACAGCACGCCCAUCCUGUACCUGGGAACAGAUCAGGGUGAGCUGCACAGGGCGGUGGAGGUGGGGGAGCAGGCAAUGCUCAUCGAGGAGACUGUGCUGUUCCCUUCGGAUGAGCCCAUUCAAAACAUCCAGCUGGACAAGGACUCCCUGUAUGUGGGCUCUUCCAGCGCUGUGGUGAAGCUGCCUCUAGUGAACUGCAGCAAGCACAGCAGCUGUCAGGACUGUGUCCUGGCCCGGGACCCUCUGUGUGGAUGGGACCCCAGUCAGUCUGCCUGUGUGCAGCCUGGAAAGAGCCAGGGGGUUCUCCAGGACGUGGAGCAUGGAGAGGCAUUCAAGCUGUGUCCUGAUACAGGAAAGUGUGAUCCACAGCAGACUGUUGUGAAGGCUGCCCUGGGCAUCCGCAUGGUGCUGCCCUGCAUGCCCCCCUCCUCCUGGUCUCGCUGUGUGUGGAAGCUCCCCAAGGACCUCCCUGCAGCGAGCCAGCGUGCGGACGGGCUGGAGGUCAUCGUAUCGCAGAGCAGCCUGGGGGAGUACAGCUGCAGCUGCAUGGAGAACGAGAUCAACUGCGACACAGCCUCCUAUACACUCGAGGUGGGCGACCCCACCAUGGCGGCCGUGGGCUCCGGCAGCAGGAAGUAUACCAUGGGCAUCUCCUUCUUCUGCCUCCUGCUGGGUGUGCUGCUUGGGGCCCUGGGCUUCUGGAGCUUCAACAGGUUCACAGGCUCCAAACUGAGACACACAGAGCAGCGCUAUGCAGAGACCCCCAACUCCCCCAGCAUCCUAUCCGAGGGAAUGCCGCUGACUGAGAAGAAGAACAGGCUGAACGGGCUCAACAUCUAUGCCAACGUGAACGAGGUCUGCGACGAGGCCAAAGAGAACGGCAACACCCUCACCACCAUGAAACACACAGGGGCCCCUCUCGCCUCCUGUGAGGAGAGCUCCAUCUAGGGCUGGGGUGGAAGAAAUGCUGUGCUGUUCUCCCAACCCCUCUCCACACCUUGUGUGCUCUGACCUCCACCAAAGUAUUCUUGGCGUUAACUGAGCCGUUUCAUUGACAAGCACAACCUGAAGCCCUAAAUCCCAAUCCCUUUUGUCUUUUUAAACAGUGAACAUUAAAAACAGGGUGGGGUGGCCACAUGCAUUGGAUUCGGAGUCGGGGCUUUUGAUGAAGGAUUACCCCUCCCUCGGUUUGCAGUUUUGACACCAAGACUACAGCAGUGCAGUGAAGAAGCUGGAGCACGAAUGUUUUGAAGGAAGACCUUGAAGUGACACUGCCACUGGCCUGUCUAACAGGCAUUGUGCUUUAGCCUCCAACACUGCAGACUGGGGUUGAGGAGCAUUGUGACUCCACUGCCUGCCUGGGAUGCCUGCAGUCUGGCCGCUGCAAUCUUCCCCUCCCUUCAGAGAAGCUACAGAGAACAAAUGAACCUUGCCAAUUCAAACCGACUUCAAAGUGUAUGGCCAGCAUUUGAUGCGUGCUGUAUCACCUUUUUAUUUUUAUUACUUUUAUUUAUUCUUUUAAGCAUUUAAUAAUGUUGUUCUAGUCGAGUUUGAUGCUGAUCGGCAGUCUUGCUGGAUUUUAUAAACUUGCCCCCUCUGGAGUGCGGAGUGUGUACUGUGUAUGUCAUCAUCCCCCAGACUGUAAUCAGCACACUGCUCCAGAAAUGGACAGCCUGGGCCACUGUGUCUUUGGAACUGGAGUGUUGAAGCAGCAGGGCUGACAGUCAGUGCAGAGAGACACACUCCUUACCUGAGGCAGUGCAGAGAGACACACUCCUUACCUGAGGCAGUGCAGAGAGACACACUCCUUACCUGACAGUCAGUGCAGAGAGACACACUCCUUACCUGAGGCAGUGCAGAGAGACACACUCCUUACCUGAGGCAGUGCAGAGAGACACACUCCUUACCUGAGGCAGUGCAGAGAGACACACUCCUUACCUGACAGGCAGUGCAGAGAGACACACUCCUUACCUGAGGCAGUGCAGAGAGACACACUCCUUACCUGACAGGCAGUGCAGAGAGACACACUCCUUACCUGAGGCAGUGCAGAGAGACACACUCCUUACCUGACAGGCAGUGCAGAGAGACACACUCCUUACCUGAGGCAGUGCAGAGAGACACACACCUUACCUGAGGCAGCGCAGAGAGACACACUCCAUACCUGACAGGCAGUGCAGAGACAAACUCCUUACCUGAGGCAGUGCAGAGAGACACACACCUUACCUGAGGUAGCGCAGAGAGACACACUCCUUACCUGAGGCAGUGCAGAGAGAAAUACUCCAUACCUGACAGGCAGUGCAGAGACACACUCCUUACCUGAGGCAGUGCAGAGAGAUGGACUCCUUACAAAAGAAAAGAGAUUUAGAAUGAAACCGUGUCAGGCGCGUGAGUAACAAUGGAUUUUCCAGACAGUAAUUUGUGUGUAAAAGAAUAAAAAGUUUUAUUAUUAUUAUUCUCUACACAAAAAAAAAACAAGCAACAAAGAAAAAAGAACAGCGUGAGGGAGGGGGUGCUGGAGUAAUAAUCAAAAAGAACAGCGUGAGGGAGGGGGUGCUGGAGUAAUAAUCAAAAAGAACAGCGUGAGGGAGGGGGUGCUGGAGUAAUAAUCAAAAAGAACAGCGUGAGGGAGGGGGUGCUGGAGUAAUAAUCAAAAAGAAGAGAAGUGGAAACGUCCUUAGUCGUCUUCAUGGUGUUCCCAGACAUAAAACAAAAGGAGUAAAACAGAAAAGAAAAUAUUAGUACAGUUUCCAGUCGUAUCUCUAGAGAUUCAAAAAACACCACCACCAAACUUUCGUUUUUUCCCUCCUCCUAUUUUCCCUCAGGACCAACCCCGAACACCGUAGUGCGUUCCCUUUAGUAUGCAACGCCCUGCCCCUGUAGUCAGUGGAACACCAAUCCCAAACUGACAAGUGUCCUUAUAACUCACUUGACUCCAAUGGCUGGAAUUUACAUACUCGCACUUCCGCCCCUCACCAAGGUGCCGCCCCUCAUAAAGAUGACUUUCGUCAUGGUCACGAGACCUUGGUAAGGGAAGUCCCGAGUUGGUUUGUUGCCUUCUAUUGUCGGGAGGCUGAAUUACAGACCGAAACCCCUUUGACUCAUCACAUACCUCUAUUAUCCCGACUGAUGGCACUGCACACAGGACAGGGUAAACAAGGGGCUGUUCCGAGAACAGAGGUGCUCGGAUAGUUGAAGUUCGGAUAUUAUUAUUAUUAUUAUUAUUAUUAUUAUUAUUAUUAUUAUUAUUAUUAUUAUUAUUAUUACUAUUAUUAUUAUUAUUGUUGUUAUUGUUGUUGCAAUAUGGAGUGUCUGCCCAUUAAACCUCUUGGUUUAUCCAAUCUUCCUAAUGACCAGGAUUUCAGGACCAAUGCCCUCUUUCAUCUGCCCUUCUCUUUAUCUUGGUGCACAUCCCCAGCGCAGGUGGAGGGGGGCACAGCUGCACCAGUCUCUCCUGGACAUUGGGGAGGGGGUGAGACUGCUGCAGGGGAGAGCUGGGCAGUGAAAACACAUACUGUACAGAUCAGAGGUUCUCAAACUCGGGUUAGGGGAUCCCUUUUUAAUUCCAAUAGCGAAAAUGAGAGAGAGGCAAGUCACAUACAAGAAAUAAGAAGUGUGCUGCAGUGGAAGUAGGCGUUUUAUGUACUGGUAUAUCGUCUGUCUCUCCACAGCACUGAAAGAACAUUUCUCUGUACAGUAAGUGUGUGUGUAGCAUUUAUGCUGUUUUACACAGGAGAGGUUUGUACAAUUCCAUGGGCCCCAGUUUGAGAAUCCCCCAAGGUGAAUCCCUCAAGGUGAAUCCCUCCAAGCUGAAGGAUGUUGUAUGAAUCUGUUGUGAAUUGUAUUCAAAUGAAUGUUAUUCAACGAAAACACUGGGGGAGCAGAGUUUUAAAGAAGUGUGUCUCUAUGACUGUGUAAAUGCAUUUACAACAGUCCAGUGAAAUGAGUGGGCUGGAUUCUCAAACUUCUCCAAAUCGUCAUUAGCGCAUUUUUUUUUUAUUUUAUUUUUUAAUAAAGGAAGUAAGAACCCAAUAAAGUUACCAA